CCGCAUCACUCGUUAGAAGCCGUCCGGCGCACGUUAGCCCAAGAUGAGUGUCAUUCGGCCCAUGCAAGCAACCGACAUGCUCAAAUUCAACAACAUCAACUUGGACAUCUGGACUGAGACGUUUAGAAUCAACUUCUAUCUUGCCUAUCUCUCCCGAUGGCCCGACCUCUGCUGCAUCCAAGAGUCCUCGGCUACGGCCGAGGGCCUCUCCACUGAGUGGCACGGGCACAUCACUGCGCUUUCUGUCGCGCCCGAAUACUGCCGCAUGGGGCUCUCUCGCGCCCUCGUAUUGCACCUUGAGUACGUGUCCGACGAGAUGUACAAGGGCUUCUUCGUCGACCUCUACGUUCGCUGCACGAACUCGGCGAUCAAGAUGUACGAAGGUUUCGGGUAUAGCGUGUACAGACGCGUCCGCAAGUACUAUGGCACCUUGGGGACAGACAAAGGCGGUAGGGACGAGGAGGAUGCGUUUGAUAUGCGAAAACCAUUAUCACGGGAUCCUAUGCGCCGCUCGGUCAGGUUGAACGGUCGAGACGUGCUAGUCAGCGCACAGGAAGUAUCUUAGCAUGACUGAUAACCUUCGGGGCUCUCCAUGUACAUCACUCAUCAACAUCAUAUCUAGACAUAGUCCAAUCAAUCCCAUGUUAGACAACCC